UCUUAAUCGCGACAUCUUCCUCAACUCCGCGUCAGGUAGACAAACAGAAGGCAGUUUGAGACAGCCUAGUUGUCUGUGGACUGACUGACUAGAAAUGCAGUCAAGCAGAUCGAUCAGCUCGAAAUGGCUCAGGAGAGCCUUCAACAUCGGGAAUGGCCCUUUGAGUUCCGAGCUUCCACUCUAUCUUUGUCCAAGCCUUGUCAGAAGCUCGACAAUAGGUCGUCGCACCUUUGUCUACCGUCCGAGCCAAGCAAAAGCCGGGUGUAGACAACAGGCUAGGCGGUUACACACAUACACUGAGAGCGCAAGCGCGACAACACCGCCAAUACCGUCGUCUCCUCGCCCCCUGAGGACGCUGCCCCUACAGUGUUCCGGCUGCGGAGCUUUGUCUCAAACCUCUCUACCCAACCAGGCUGGAUAUUACGAUUCAGAAAGGAAGUCCGUCGGUUCCUACCUGGGGCUACUCGAAGAGGAGAAGAAACGUGUCCGGGACGAUGAUCGCGUCGUCCAAGAUGCGCUUCGUUCCUUGGAGCUGAACAAGCUGGGCGGACUGGGGACUGACUUGAAGACGCUGCUAAAAAAGCCCACGGCCGCCAACUCAAGCCUCAUCCCCGAAAGCUCGAAAGCGCCCCUCUGUGAUCGCUGCCACAACCUGAUCCACCACCAUGUCGGAAACCCGAUAUACCACCCCACCAUCGAGUCCCUGCGAGAGACAAUCGAAGAAUCCCCGUAUAAAUACAACCACGUCUAUCACGUGGUAGACGCCGCCGACUUUCCCAUGUCUCUGCUGCCCAGGAUCAACCAGCUCAUUGACAUGAUGCCGCUGCGGUCACAGAACCGGAGGUCGAGGUCGGGCAAAUACCACCGAGGUCGGAAAACUGAAAUGAGCUUCAUCAUCACCCGAUCGGACCUGUUGGCGCCUGUGAAGCAACAGGUGGACUCGUUAAUGCCCUACCUCAAGGAUACGCUACGAGACGCCCUGGGUAGGGCUGGGAAGCAUGUUCGGCUCGGAAACGUGAGGUGCGUUAGCGCCAAGAGGGGUUGGUGGACGAAGGAACUGAAGGAAGAAGUCUGGGAGCGCGGUGGUGCUGGUUGGAUGGUGGGCAAGGUGAAUGUUGGCAAAAGCCAACUCUUCGAGGCUGCUUUCCCCAAGGGGAGGAUGGACUGGACCCCGCCGAAGCAUCAGAUCUCCGUCCCGGUCUUUCCAGCGGCCCAACCAAAGACUCCUGUUGAGACUAUUUCUGAGAGGACCACAUGGGAAGACGCACAGGGCAGCUCGGCGAUGCUCGAAAACAACGACAUGGAUGAAUCGUCCCUUCUGCCGCCCGCACAGGUCGAGACCAACUAUCCCGCUAUGCCUGUUGUUUCGUCUCUACCGGGGACCACCGCAUCGCCAAUCCGGGUGCCGUUUGGAAAUGGAAAGGGAGAACUGGUUGACUUGCCUGGACUGGCCCGGAGUGACUUGGAAAUGCACGUUAAAGAGGAGCACCGUGCCUCCCUCGUCAUGAAAUCCCGCGUUCUCCCUGAGCAGCAAGUCAUCAGACCCGGCCGCUCGCUCCUGCUGGGCGGCUUCAUACGCAUCACUCCCAAGACUCCCGACCUCACCUUCCUCGCGUAUGCUUUCACGCCAAUCGAACCCCACCUGACCUCGACGGAAAAAGCGAUCCUCGUCCAGGAGCAGUCCGAAGAAGCCCCAAACGUCGACAACAUUUCCGUGCCCGGCACGGGAGCAAAGAUUCAGCAGGCGGGGUCCUUCCAGCUCCGUUACGACGUGACGAAACCGCGAACCGGGCCCAUCACCCGGCGAGAUGCCGCGGGCAUCAACAUCGACCGCUUGCCCUACCGCGUGCUGGCCAUAGACAUACUCAUCGAGGGCUGCGGCUGGGUGGAGAUCGUCGCGCAGGUGCGGACGAACCAACUAUUUGCUACGACGAGCGAGGCUCGGGUCGAAGAAACGAAGGAGGUCACAAACCCGGAGAGGUUGGAGAGCCUGGAUUUGUCCGAUCCCGAGCCAGGGGAGAAGAACGGAGUGGCAAACCCCGAGAAGCUGGAGAGCCUGGAUCUGUCCGGUCCCGAGCCAGAGGCCCAUGCAGAGCCCGAGGCCUCUUCGGCGGAACCGAACUGGCCUGUCAUCGAAGUCUUCUCUCCUGAAGGCAAGUUUAUCGGGUCACGGAGGCCGAUGAACGCCUGGCUGCUGAACAAGCCGAAGAAUACGACUACAAGGUCUCGACCCCGACGCAGCAUGAAAGGGGCCAAGAAGAGAGAGAAGUCUGCCCGCCGCGCAUCAGAGACUGUGGGUGGUCCUGAGUAACCCCAGUGAGGGAAUUGUUAGGUGCCUGAGAGAGCAGGGGAUUGGUCAAUGUACUGAUACGAUAUAUUACUGUGAGUCUACUCCGCAGGGAGGUUCAGAUUUAAUCAUAAUGAAAACUGCGGACGGCUAGGAAAACAAAUACUCCCCUUGAUAAUCCUCGUUGAUUCCCCCGUGGUUUGUUCCCAAGCAGGGUUUACAACUUGCCAGUUGCGAAGACCCACUUUCCAAGUUGCACCGAGAAAGCUGGUGCUGGUGCUGAUGUUCAAUUUUUGAU